UUAAGAUCCCCUUUGAAGAGAAGAACUCCCCUAAAGGAGAUCUGCAUCAAUAUCAAAGACUCAGGAGGUCAGGGGAAAAGGAAAUUUCAGUUAUGCGAUGAGGAAAUGGAAGAGGUUGAAGGCAGGGAGACAGGGGGAAAAAGAAACAAAGGAUGCGAGGAGGUUUGCUCUAUGGUUCAGGAAAAAGAGGAGGAGGGGACCAGCCUAAUCUGGGCCCCCAAACCCCAAUGAAAGUUCUGGUGUGGAAUUGCCAAGGUGUGGGGAGCACCUUGACAAUUCCCCAUCUGAGGGAGGUCUCCAACCUCCUCUCCCCAAAUAUGCUGUUCUUGAGUGAAACGAAAAAUAGAGAAAGGUACAUGAAUACAGUAAGGGAGAAGUUGAAUUUUGAGAAUAGCUGUGUAGUAGAGUCAAUGAAUAGGUCGGGGGGCAUGACUUUGAUGUGGAAAGAUGAAGUAAAAAUUAGAGAGAUUCUCAAAACUGCUUUCACUAUAGAAGCUCAGGUGGAAGAUUUUGAGACUAAGACAACAUGGUGGUUCAUUGGAAUAUACGCAAGCUGCGAUAAUCUGAUUAGGAAAAGUCAAUGGAAGGUGAUCCAGGAGAGGAAAAGGCUGUGGGGAGGGAAAUGGAUUAUAGCAGGAGACUUCAAUGAUAUCCUCUCAAAUGAGGAGAAGUGGGGGGGUAGAUGGAGGGAGGAGAAGAGUUUCUCUGAUUUCAAAAAUUUCAUAAACGACAACCAGCUGGUGGACAUUGGUUUUGAGGGGAAUCCCUGGACCUGGAGCAACAAUUGGGAGGAGAUAGGGGAGGUUAGAGAGCGACUGGAUAGAGGCUUAUGUAGCUUAGACUGGUCCUUAGUCUUCGACAAAGUAAAAUGCACUCAUGUGGAUACUUUCGCAUCAGAUCAUAGUAUGCUGAUGAUAGAUACAAAGCCAGAGGCUAGGAAGAGGAAAAAAAGGUUUUUCUUUGACAGGAGAUGGCUGAAGAAAGAAGGUGUCCAGGAUGUGAUCAGAAAUGCAUGGGACCAAGAUUUUGAGGGAUCAAGAAUGUUCCGGAUCAAGUGCAAAAUCAGAAAUUGCAGGAUUGAAUUAUUAAAGUGGAAGAACAACUCCAACUGUAAUGCCAAAAAGAAAAUUGAUCAGCUCAAAUCUCAGCUGGAGAAGCUUCAGUAUAACACUCGUGUGGACACUAGAAGAGAAACAGUGGACCUGAAAAAUCAGUUGAAAGUGGCGUACAAGGAGGAGGAAAUGUUCUGGCACCAGAAAGCAAGAAUUAACUGGUUAAAGGAGGGGGAUAAAAACACUAAAUUCUUUCAUGCUCAUGUGAAAGGGAGGAGGAGGAGGAAUAGAAUGUUGAAUCUACAAAGAGAAGAUGGUUCCUGGACUGAGAAUGAACAGGAGUUAGGUAAGGAAGUUGCAGAUUUCUACAGACAGCUGUUCACUAGCAAGGGGAAUGGUAGUACUGAGGAGAUCCUUAGAGGUAUUCCACCCACCAUUACAGCAAGCAUGAAUGAUCAACUGACUAGGGGUGUGGAUGAAGAAGAAAUCAGAUCAGCUCUUUUCUCUAUGUCUCCUGAUACAGCACCUGGUAUGGAUGAUGACUCGUUAAUUUUUUGUAAGGCAGACACCAAGCAUGCAGAGGAAUUAAGGAGAAUCCUGGAGGCCUAUGAAAGGAGCUCGGGACAGGUGAUCAACCUAGAGAAGUCUUCUGUCUUCUUCAGCAAAAACAUGGAUCAUAGCAAAAAACUAGAAGUAUGCCGCAGAUUGGGAAAUAUCCAAAUGGUCAACCAAGGCAAGUACCUGGGUCUUCCAAUGGUGAUAACAAGAACGAAGGACCAAAUCUUUGGUUUCAUCAGAGACAAUAUUAAAAAGAAUUUGGGAAGCUGGAAGCAGAAGUUAUUAAGCCAAGCAGGGAAGGAGGUCUUACUAAAAGCAGUGACUCAAGCAAUGCCUACAUAUGCUAUGUCAUGCUUCAAAUUGCCUCUGAAACUAUGCAAGGAACUUAGUGCAAUGAUGGCAAGGUACUGGUGGGGAGACAAUGAUGGAAAGGAUAAGAUGCAUUUAUGCUCAUGGAAGAGAAUAACUCAAGCAAAGAACCAGGGAGGGCUUGGUUUCAAAGAUUUGGUCAACUUCAAUAGAGCUUUGUUAGGCAAACAGAUAUGGAGAAUGCUUGUUAAUCCGAAUCUGCUUGCCUCCAAGGUCCUGAAAGCCAAAUACUAUCCUACUGGUUCCAUAUUCAAGAGCAAGUGUCCUCAGAAUGCUUCCUGGAUUUGGCAGAGCCUAAUGGGAGCUACGCAGCAGGUGGAGGAAGGCACCUGGAAGAAAAUUGGAAAUGGUACUAGCACUGAUAUUUGGGAGGACAAGUGGAUAGUAGGAAACAAAGAGGGAAGACCCUCAACAACUAAACCUCCUGAAUGCAAAGUGCAGAAAGUUCAGGACUUAAUCACUCAUAAAAGAUGGAAUAAAGUGGUAGUGCUCCGAACGUUCAAUGGUAGGGAUGCAGAAAAGAUCUUAAGCAUUCCCAUCAGCUUAGCAGGAAAGGAAGAUAGCAAUUUCUGGAUACAUUCUCCAAUGGGGCAUUACACAGUGAACACGGGCUACAAGGUUCUUAUGAAAGAAAAAGUAAUCCAGGAAAGGAAUGGUUAUGAUGGGGCAGGUACAAGCCGACACAGUUCAUCAAAACAGAUGUGGUCUUGCCUUUGGAAAUUAAACAUCAAGCACAAACUGAAGACCUUCAUGUGGAAAUGCAUCAACAAUGCUCUCCCAGUCAAUGAAGUAAUCUUUAGUAGAACGCAAAAAGGAGAUCCCAUCUGUAAAGUCUGUGGGGAGGGGGUGGAAACUGUGGACCAUGCGCUCUUGAACUGCAGACAGGCCAAGCAAGUAUGGCAGAUAGCUCCAGUGCAAUGGGAGGGGGCUAGGGAGAAACAAGGCUGCUUCAAGGACUGGUGGAAUGAAAUUGCAGGAGCCAGAUCUAGACAGGCUGGUGAUGAACAUCUGGGUCUAACGGUGAAUAUCUUAUGGCAAGUAUGGAAAAGCAGGAAUGAGUGGGAAUUCAACAACAACCAAAGGCAUGCUCUGAAAACAAUUCAGAAAGCUCAAGAGGAGUGGAUAGAGUUUUGUGAAGUGUACAAAGACAAAGAGCAGUUGAGCACAGUAGAAACAGCUGCAAAUCAGUUUCAAAGAGUAGAAGUGGAGGAUGCAGAGGUGGUCCAAGUGAAGAUUGCAGCUCUAAGGAAACCGAACAGUAGCGAGGUGGGAAUAGGGGUGACUGCUAUGUCAAAGGGAAAUGUGGUGGUGGCGGCUUGGGCAAUGCAUGAAAGAAGCUACAAUUGUCCACAAUUGGACGAAGCUGAGGCUAUCAAGCUAGCUAUGAGUAAAUUAGUAGUCAAAGGCUGGAGGAAAGUCAUCAUACAGAGCUGCAACAAGCAACUCAUUCAGCAAAUCUGUUCCGGAAGAGCUUCCAAUAUCAAACUGUAUACUCUAGUGGAUGAUAUCCUUAGCCUAAAAGCUCUGUUUCAUAUGUGCUCUUUUUGUGCAAUUUCUAAAGUUGAUAAUCAUAUUAGCAUUAAAGUUGGAGACUAUGCAUUAGGCAUUAUUCAUGAUGAGGAAUGGUUCAAUCCUCUGUGCUGUUGAGCACUUUUGUAAAGAAAUGAGGGGCCUUUGCUCCAAAUGUAAAGUUUAGUUGAUGAUCAA